AGAGCCGCACGAAGAAGAUAAUAUAAAAAAAAAGGCAAAGAAGACGAGUUUUUCUUUGUUUAUAACUCCGGAGCCGUGCGAGAUGAAAUUCUCAUGCACGGUUUUGAACGAGAGAAAACGGCAGCAAGAUGGAGCCGAGACCUUAGUAGAGGCAGCGCUACGAGUCCUCGACACGGCGGAUCCAUACGAGAAGGCCCGGAUCGGCGACUCCUUCGCUUCUCAAUGGCUUCAGGGAACCAUCAUUCAGCCCUACGACCCUUCCGUGGACCUCCCCGUCCCAGAACGCCCCGCCAGGCUCGCCAGUGUUAAGUUGGUGUCACCGAGUCUCAUGCCGAAGCUCGGAAAAGCGGGUAGCUUGCAGAGUAGGCAGGCCAUUGUUCAUAGUCUUGUGCACACGGAGAGCUGGGCUAUUGACUUGUCUUGGGAUAUAAUUGCUCGUUUCGGUAAGCAAGAGGCAAUGCCGAGAGAGUUCUUCACCGAUUUUGUUAAGGUGGCUCAAGAUGAGGGCCGACACUUCACUCUCCUACUGAAGCGGCUGACAGAGAUGGGUUCUUUCUAUGGAGCAUUACCUGCUCACGAUGGCCUAUGGGACUCUGCUACUGCUACUUCCAACGAUCUCCUGGCACGUCUGGCGGUUGAGCAUUGUGUCCACGAGGCCAGAGGACUUGAUGUGCUGCCCACAACAAUUUCUCGUUUUCGCAAUGGAGGUGAUAAUGAGACAGCAGAAUUACUAGAGAGAGUGGUUUACCCAGAGGAGAUUACCCAUUGUACUGCUGGGGUUAAAUGGUUUAAAUAUCUUUGCCUGAGGGCUAGAAAUCCAGCUCAGGAUCAGGGCGGCUUGGAAUCUCCAGGUGGGGCUGGAGAAAGUGAAACAACGCAGGAGGAAGAUGAAGUAAUUCAGAAGUUUCACUCAAUAGUGAGGAAAUACUUCAGAGGACCAUUGAAACCACCUUUCAAUGAAGAGGCAAGAAAAGCUGCUGGGUUUGGCCCUCAAUGGUAUGAACCACUUGCUGUCAAAGGGGCUACCCUAGAUUGACAACAAUUCUUUAAUUAGAGAGAAUCUUCUGAUAAUUAUUCAGGAAAUCGAAAUUGUUCCUUACUUUUCUCUAGAGUUCUAAAGAAGCAAAUGUGUCCUUUCCUUUCUCCUCUUAUUUUAGAUUGCCAGCCGCAGUGUGGAUCCUAAAAAUUCCAAGAGAGUUUUUCAGUCCAUAGUGACUGUGUAUCUGGGUUGAAGAUGGUCAGUGUAUCUGCUCUACUUUUUGUCAAUGUCAUGGGGUUGUUUU